AUGACUGUCGAGAAAACUAAGGUGCUUUUAAUCGGCUCCGGCGGUGUCGGUACGAUGGCCUCAUAUGCCCUGGAAUAUGCCGGCAAAAGUGAAGUCACCUCUGUUCUACGUUCUGACUACAGCAGAGUUACUGAAAUGGGUUUUUCGAUCGACUCGUGCGAUUACGGUCAAAUCGCUUCUUUUAGACCAAGCCAUAUCGCGAAGAGCGUCGAGGAGAGUUUGCAGUACGGUCCAUUUGAAUACAUCCUAGUUGUAACCAAGUCUGUUCCAGAAGUUGGCAGCAUGAUUGAUGUCAUUGCACCAGCUGUCUCCGAAAAUACCGCUAUUGUCCUGGUCCAAAACGGUAUCGGUAUCGAGCUAGAAGCUAUCGCCAAAUUUCCUGAAAACGUUGUUCUCAGCGGUGUCAGCAUGAUCGGGUCCUCUAAUAUCAACAGCCACAUCAACCAUGAAACUACAGACGCCCUAAAGGUGGGCGUUUUCGAAAGCAACGAAGUAGACAAGGAUGUCACGCAGGCCGUGUGCAAGAAAUUUGUCGACAUUUACUCUAACGACAAGAACUCAUGUCUCUACGACGAGAGCGUAAAAUUCACAAGAUGGCGCAAACUUGUCUACAACGCAUGUUUGAACCCAGUAUGUGCCAUCACAGGUGUUGACGCCGGUAGAUUGGAGGUCUUCGGUGGUACCGACGGAAUCAUCCGCAAAGCUAUGAGAGAAGUCAUGGCUGUGGCCAAGUCUGACGGCGUUGAGCUACCAGAAGACGUCAUUGAAUUUAUGAUCCGCUCAGACGACCCCGUCUACUACGCGCCAUCGAUGCUGAUCGAUGUCCAUAAGGGCAACUUGAUGGAAAUUGAAGUCAUCAGUGGUAACCCAGUCAGAAUCGCAGAGAAGAAUGGUGUUUCUGUUCCCUACCUAACGUUGCUUUACGAGCUACUCAAGGUCAUCCAGAAAAAGACUAUGGAGAAGAAAGGCUUGAUCACUGUUCCAAAGGUUAGACCGGUACCAAAAUAA